AUGGCAGCAGGUAAUGUCAAGCUUCUAGGAAUAUGGGCAAGCCCUUUCGUGAACCGGGUUGAAAUAGCCCUCAAAAUAAAAUCUAUUGAGUCUGAGUUUAUACAAGAAAACUUGUUAAACAAAAGUGAGUUGCUCCUCAAAUCCAACCCUGUUUACAAGAAAAUCCCAGUCCUGUUCCAUGAUGAAAAGCCUAUUUGCGAGUCACUGGUCAUCCUUCAGUACAUCGAUGAAGUUUGGACUAAUGGUCCCUCCAUUCUUUCUUCUGAUCCUUAUGAUCGUGCCAUAUCCCGGUUUUGGGCAGCCUAUAUAGAUCAAAAGUGGUUUCCGUUGGUGAUGGAGCUUAGGAAUGCGCAAGGAAAAGAAGCAAAGGAAGCAGUGUUGGACAAAAUAUAUGAAGGAGAUUUGCUGCUGGAGGAAGCUUUUAUCAAGAUCAGCAAAGGUAAAUCUUUCUUUGGUGGAGAUAGCAUCGGUUACCUUGACAUUGUUCUAGGGAGUUUACUUGGAUGGGUGAAGGCGCAAGAGACAAUGGAUGAAGUGAAGAUACUAGAUGAAACCAAGAUACCUAACUUAGCAAAAUGGGAUGAGAGAUUUUGCUCGAACGAAGUUGUAAAGGAUAUCAUUCCACAGCCUGAAAAACUUGUCGAAGUUUAUCGGAAGUAUAAGGAGAGCUUAUACAAUAAAUAAUAUUGCUCUUUAUUUGCCUGUUUUUAUUAAGGAAAGUGUGUCUCAAGCCCCUUCCAUAGGCAGGAAGUGUUUGUUCCGACAUCUUGUUCAAAAGAAGUGAGAAUAAAAGAAGUUUGUUCUUAUUAAUGAACUAAACAAAUGAAUAUUAUUUUGAAUUCCAAGAUGUUGAUCUGCAUUAUACAUAUAUGCUGCAUAUAGCUUUUAUGAUUUAAGAACUAAAAUUACACUA